AUGCAGAGCGUACACCGUCAGAUCGGGCGCAUGAAGAAGCGGACGGCCGAUGACACUAAGAUCUCGGACCUCUUCAACGAUUUCAACGAGGCCGACCUACUGUUAGCUCAUAUCAUUGAAGCCAUCAGUUCCUGGCGCGAUGCCUGGUCCGCCAUCCUGGCCACGCAGGCCAAGGUCACCGGCGAAUACGAAGGACUGUAUGCCCCCAUCGUGGGCGACGCGGAGACGUCUUCGUCGGACAUGGCAGCCAUCACCCCCGAGGUGACCAUGAUGCGCACCCAGCGACUCUGGCAGGAGUACGAGGAGUUGCGCGGUGACAUGUCCCAAGACCUCAACGCGGUUGACGAUCGCAUGAUCCGGCCCGCCUUACAGGCCCGGGACUGUUUGCGCAGCCUGCGCAAGACCAUGAAAAGGCGCGAGGAUCGCAAGCUGGACUACGAACGACACCAAAACAAAUUCGACAGCUGCAAUCGGAAGACCAAGGGAACCGAAAAGGAGACGAUCGCGCUGGCCAAAGCCGAGAGCGAUCUGGCCAUAGCGACCGAGGAAUACCAAGCGGCCGAUGACCACCUGCGCGAGCGGCUCCCCCCGCUGAUCAAUGCAGCCCUGGCCAUGAUCCCGACCCUGCUGCACGUCCAGAUCGAUCUGCAGAACCACCUGCUGGCCAAUUACUACACGGUCACCCGCAACUACUGCGAGCAGAACCGCUUCCCCUUCCCCUCCCCGCCCAUGGAGCAGGUCGUCGAGGACUGGGAGCAGGAGCACAUGCCCGCCCGGCAGGACAUGGAAAGACUUUACUGUCUCGCCAACGGUAAGGCCGUGCGCACCUUCCACCUCCCCGACGACCCGCCCGGCGGCGCCGGCGGCGGCAUCCGCGACCGCCUCAGCAACGGCCUCAGCAGCGUGCGCCAACGCGCCAGCGGCCAAAACGCCAACGAGCCCGCCCAACAACCCCCGCAACCACUUUCGCGCCCCGUCUCCCCCGGAGGUCCUCCACCCCCCAAGCCCCCGCGUCCCACCUCGCCCGGCCGCAGCUUCUCCUCCGCACCAGUCAAACCCCCCCGCCCCGUCUCCCCGGGCCGACCACCAGCGCCCGUGCUCUCCUCGAAACCGGCCCCCCCAUUGGACAGUAAACCCCGCUGGGCCGACACGCCCUCGACCUCCAGCCUCGCCGUCCCCCAAAACAGCUACCACAGCAACAACAGCCACCUCUCCCCGCACAGCGCCGCCUCCUCCCCAACCGAAUCCUACGUCUCCGCCCCAGAAUACAGCGGCCGCCCCUCCUCAGCAGGCCGCCCCCCGUCAGCAGGCCGCCCCCCGUCAGCAGGUCGUCCUCCCUCAGCAGGCCGCUCCCCCUCAGCAGGCGUCUCCUCCGUCGCCUCCUCUGUCGCCGCCCGCGCAGACUACUUCAACAGCCGCCGUGGCUCCCAAACCCCCAUCUCCCCCGCCACCUCCACAACAACCCCCAGCAUCGCCUCGCCCAACCUCAGCGCCAUCGCAGCCGGCAAGAAGAAGCCGCCCCCGCCGCCUAAACCCCGCCACAUGAAUGCCCCCAGUCCCGUUACCGUCACGGCUGUGUUUGACUUUGCGGGCCAGAGCGCUGGCGACCUUGCCUUCCGGGAGGGAGACCUCAUUCGUGUGCUGAAGAAGACGGAGAGUACGGACGAUUGGUGGGAGGGCGAGUUGAAUGGUGUGAAGGGAAGUUUUCCCGCGAAUUAUGUGCAGUAA